GGGCGCAAAUAGUCGGCGCGGCGCAGUCGGACUCAGCCCCGCGGCGGACCAGCCGCGCGCGACUCCCGCGACACGACCGACCACCCGCACCAGUGCGCGCGUUACCCCACACCUUCCGUGCUAGUGCUGUGACCCAGUGACUGUGAACAAACCGAACCUGACCACCGAGCCUCCACCCAGUGCCCUCAUCCUCUUCAGCCACGGCGCAGGCUCGCCACGAGCGACAUCAAGGUUAUAAGGAAGAAACCUGAGGCACGUCAGACCUGGCCGCUGAGGGAUCAGCGUCAGGGUAGAGGAUAUUACACGCAGGCAAAGAUACCCAGUCAAGAUUCUACCGAAAGGAUCAUUGGAGUCGCGCGGUGGCAGUGGGUCGCCGAUGAGGCGGCGCCGGGCACCAUGAGCUAGCGGGCAUGGGGGGCGAGGGCGCGGGCCGCGGCGCCGCGCGCUGGCAGGUGGGCGACUCGCCCCCGCGCGCGCCCAUGGGCUUCGCGGCGCCCGCGCAGGACGCGCCGCUCGACCGCGGCCUGGCGCCUGCGCCCGCGCCGCCGCCCGGCCAUGCGCAGCUACAGCGGACCCACUCCAGACCCACAAUGGACCUCCAGUAUUCGAGGUCGAUGUCGUCGCUGCCGCCCGAGCCGUUCAUGAUGCUGCGCGCGAAAGCGCUCAGCAAGCGCGUGAUCAUCAACGUCGGGGGCGUGCGGCACGAGGUGCUGUGGCGCACGCUGGAGCGCCUGCCGCACACGCGGCUCGGCCGGCUGCGCGACUGCAACACGCACGAGGCCAUCACGGAGCUCUGCGAUGACUACUCGCUCCAGGACAACGAGUACUUUUUCGACAGACACCCGAAGAGCUUUAGCUCGAUCUUGAACUUCUACCGAACCGGCAAGCUUCACCUUGUGGACGAGAUGUGCGUGCUCGCCUUCAGCGACGACCUGGAGUACUGGGGCGUGGACGAGCUGUACCUCGAGUCGUGCUGCCAACACAAGUACCACCAGCGCAAGGAACACGUCCACGAGGAGAUGAGGAAAGAAGCCGAGAGUCUGCGGCAGCGCGAGGAGGAGGAGUUCGGCCAGGGCACCUGCGCGCAAUACCAAAAGUGGCUCUGGGAUCUUCUAGAGAAACCCACAACCAGUAUAGCUGCUAGGGUGAUCGCGGUGAUAUCGAUUCUCUUCAUCGUGCUGUCCACGAUAGGGCUCACUCUCAACACGAUACCCCAGAUGCAAGUGUACGACGACAAGGGCGCGCCCAUGGACAACCCGCAGCUGGCCAUGAUCGAGGCGGUCUGCAUCACGUGGUUCACGCUCGAGUACGUGCUGCGGUUCAGUGCGUCGCCGGAUAAGUGGAAGUUCUUCAAGGGCGGACUCAAUGUGAUAGAUUUACUGGCGAUCUUGCCAUACUUCGUAUCUCUCUUCCUACUCGAAACGAACAAAAACGCGACGGACCAGUUCCAGGAUGUCCGUCGCGUCGUACAAAUCUUCCGUAUUAUGCGAAUCUUGCGUAUCCUCAAACUCGCUCGACACUCGACCGGGCUCCAGUCGCUCGGCUUCACACUCAGAAACUCAUACAAAGAACUCGGAUUGCUCAUGUUGUUCCUCGCGAUGGGAGUGCUCAUAUUUUCCUCGCUGGCGUACUUCGCCGAGAAGGAAGAGCCGGGGACUAAAUUCAUAUCCAUUCCGGAAACGUUCUGGUGGGCCGGCAUCACUAUGACCACAGUCGGAUACGGUGACAUUUACCCCACGACCCCGUUGGGCAAGGUCAUCGGCUCAGUAUGCUGUAUUUGCGGCGUGUUGGUAAUUGCGUUACCCAUCCCCAUUAUCGUCAACAAUUUCGCCGAGUUUUACAAGAACCAGAUGCGGCGCGAGAAGGCGCUGAAGCGGCGUGAGGCGCUGGAGCGCGCCAAGCGUGAGGGCUCCAUCGUGUCUUUCCACCACAUCAACCUGCGCGACGCCUUCGCCAAGAGCAUGGACCUCAUAGACGUCAUCGUUGAUACAGGACACAACUUGUCGCAGGGAGACGCCAAUAGCCUGGAGGGCGAUGGGCCGGGCUCGACCGGCUGCUAUAAGCAGUACGAGCACGCCGUCAGCAAUAAGCUCCAGCAGAGUACUGACCCUAACCAGUCACAGUUUCAGAGCAGCCCUCAGAAAGAGCGCCGCUACUCGAUCGAAGGGCCGGACACGCCGGAAAAACGCUUGCUCAUAAACCCCGAACCGUCUCCAGAAAAGAAGAUGGCUGACAAACAGUUAGACUUGGAUCAGCUGCCUUCUGAGUUUGAGUGUUGUUUUUGCACGUUCAAGGGUUACAAGGAGUUCAUAGACGCGGAACAAUUGAUGCCAAUGCCAACGUCAGACCUGCGGCAGCCCGUGUGCGUAGAGCUGGCCUGUCUCCACCGUCACCCCGCGCCGCGCGCCUUGCCCGAGGCCACACCGAACAGCCUUGAUAGCCCUGGUAUGUAAUCACCGCCUUUACUCCCACCAACACCACCUACUUAACUAAUCUCAACACGGAACAGGUAUACACCAAGUGAUACGGUUAGUGGACCAUUCGGUUUAGAUGACUAGGUACCCUGAGUAGAACAUCCUAGAUAUGUAGACUAACUAAAAUUGAUAAAUGCUUACCAUCACGCUAGACUAUAGAGUAA